AUGGGGGACUUCAAGAUCAAGCCCCCUGCACCUCUGAUACGCUCCAACACUCACGCAGGCACACUCAACUUCAAACGCCACCAUCACAGAAACCACGAUGAACGUGUCAGAGUAGCGGCGGAACUAGAAAUGGAGGAUCAUAGAGAUACAAGCUCACAGCCUAUGAGCUGGAAAGACUCGUUGCAAGCCGAUAUGGCGGAGAAGCAGGAAAGGGAACGAGACUGGGAAAGAGAUAGGGGUCCUUCACUACAGUUACAGUCGGAGCAGCAGUUAGAGGUUUCCACUGCCGUUCGCGACCUUCAGGAAACAAGUAAGCGGCAGAUGCAACGUUUAGAGACCACGUACUCCGCGGUGUCGCGGAAACUGCAGGAGAUCCGCUCGAUGGGCGAACAGCUUAAGCAUCUUGGAAGUGCAGCAGAGGAUGUCCUCCGGGAAUUCGAUAACGGCGAUAUUGGCUGCCGGAAAGAAUUUGCGGCUCAGAUAAAAGGGAUCGAAAGGUUCCAAGAAGAACUGGUUUCGAUUCAAAAGCUUCAGGAACGGCUCGGAGCAGAGAAAAUGAAGGUACAGGCUUACAGGAAGAGAUUAGAGAAUGUACAAAGUAAAAUCGAUAAGCAGCAGGAGAUGGAGCUUGUGUGGAAGCAGAGGGCUUCUCGGAGGAUACGAUUGUUGUGGGGCUUCAUAUCUAUACUAGUGAUACUAUGGCUUUUGGCUACAGCUGGAAAUGAGGUAGAACUGCCCCGGGCCCAUGAGGCCUCCAAAGAACCUACUACGAUACAAGGGGUAUAUGGUGGUCAAUCAUCUACCUCAGAAGCUAAAUUUCUCUCGGAGGGAGCUUCUCGUGAACUAUAA